ACCGCCGGUCCCGCUGCCCUACCCCACUCCGGAAGUGCCAGCGUCCAGCGGUGACCCAGGGCAGCCCUGGCGGGGAGGAGGCGGCUGAUACCUGGGGCUGAACCAGCUCGGGAGUUCCCGGCUCCUCCGCCCUGGGGCACAGCCCGGGCUUUCCCGCGCCGCAGAGCCCCUCCGGGUUGCGCGGCGCCCUAGCGCGGUCCGCCCCGCCGUCCCCCCGGAGCCUGGCUGCUCCGCCGCGAGCGGGGGGCGGGGGCGGGAACCGGGCGCCCGGACCCGGCGGGAGGUGAGAGGCGGGGCCGGGCGGGAGGUAGGGGUGGAGCCCGGCGAGGGGGCGGUGCCGAACCCGGAGCUGUGCCGGGAAGGAGGUGAGGGCGCGCGGGGAGGAGCCGGGGGCGCGGUGGGUGGGGGGUGCUGGGGCGGGUCGCCGAUAGGUGCGGACUCGGGUUAGCCAGACUCUGGACCUGGGCCGGCUGGCGCGAGCGCCCUUCCCCAGCCCGCGCGGACUUCGGAACUGGCCCAAGACGCGCAGGAGCCGCCGGCGGAGCGCGUUUCCACGGGACGCGGAGCACCGGCGGAGCCCCGAGGAUGCGAGCCCUGCCAGCCUUGGACGCGCCCCAGAACGAGCGACUGCUGACCCGGGACCCCGCGGCCGUCAGGGUCCGGGACGCGGCGGGGCCAGCACGCAGGAGCGCCGUGGAGAGGCUGGCGGCCGACCGCGCCAAGUACCUGCGGGGCCCUCCGAGAGCCGGCGCGGGGCCCGCGGCCGCGGGCAGCAACCCCGAGGCGAGCGAAGGGACCGCGGGCGAUCCUCGGCCUCCGCCUCGCGUCGCCGGUGCCGUGGCGCGCAGGGCCAUAGCUCGGAAGCCGCUGAGGCCCGACUCGCUGAUCAUCUACCGGCAGAAAUGCGACUUCGUCCGAGGCCAGGGCGCCGACAGCUCCAGGGCGGGCCUGGUGAAGAAGCUCUUCCAAGGCCCGGGCAAGGACAAGACGUCGCUGUCCCCGGAGACGCCCCAGGUGCGAGAGGAGAUCGGGGCCAGGCGCGAGGAGCCUGCCCCGUCCAAGCCCGGCUCUGCGGCGGCCCCCGCGGCCCCCGGCGUUCCCGCGCCCCCGGCGCGCCCAGCACCUUGUGGGACGCCCACCCCAGUGCCGGCUGCGCCCCGGGAACCGGAGCUGCGAGGGUCGAGGCGCGGGGGGCUGCAGCGGUCGCAGUCAGACCUCAGCUCCCGCUACUCCGCGUCCUUGGCCGAGUGGGACACCUUCUUCCAGUUCUGCGGCCUGGAACCGGAGGUCGUGGAAGCUCUCGGGAGAGAGAACUUCUCCGCGGGGUCGGACCGCGUCACACUCAAGGUCCGCAGCGUGAGCGUCGCUACCUCCGACAGCGGCUUCUCCCGGCAGAGCGGCAGCGGCGCGGGGCUGCAGGAGGAAGGGCUGGCGGAGCAGGUGCCCAGCACCACCUCGGUGGUCGAGAGGAACGCCCGCAUCAUCAAGUGGCUGUACACCUGCAGGAAAGCCAGGGAGAAGCCGGGCCAGGCGCUGCAGGGCCCGGUGUGAUCGCUCGCGCUCUGCGGAGACCUGGACCCCAGAUACAAGACGGAGCACCCGUAGAUACGCCCUAUUAGCUGGUGGGGUAGAGCGUGUCUCAUUGUUUGCAAAGAGGCCGUGGGGGAUAGGACAAGCUGUGAUGCUCCUGACUUUCUGCUCCUUUCACUGGGACUCGCUGAGAGGCUCUCCAGUCGCCGUGUGAGCGCGCUUUAGGGGAACCAGCGGCUGAAGCAGCUAGAAGGCCGCUCUGCUCUGUCUUCAGGCGGGCCUGGGCCUUUCAGAGAGAUUUGUGUGUGGAAAGGGUGGAACCCGUUUGCCUUCUCAUAUGUAUUUGGACUGUCUGCCUCGUUUUCCCGUGUUGUCCUGCUCUGCUCUCGUGAGCCGUGGUCUGGCCUACGAGAAAGAUCACUUUUCUCACGGUCCCGUGAGUUGGAGGCAAACGGAAACUUCAAAAGUCCAGAAAAAGGCCUCAGGUAGAUGGAUGUUUCUUCUGCUGAAGAAACCAGAUAGCUGUCUUUGCUAAGGCUACUGACUUCUUUUCAGAAUUUAAAAUGCAGUAGGUACCACAGAAGCAAAGACUGUGGGGACCAGACUUUGUGGUACAACCUUGGCCUAGACUGACGUGUUGGUUCACUGCUUUUUCCUUACUCCGCAGGAAGCGAGGCUUCCAGACUGUGGGAGCUCCUUGAAGUAUGUCCUGGAUGACUGGGGACCCGGGGCCAUCCUCAGUGCCACAGGACUUGUCCCGUGCACCCAGGGGACCACACGAUUGCUGCUUUCCUGGGAAUGAAGCACCCACUGAAGAGACGUACAGAGUUCAGAAGGUUUGAGAUGCGGUGGAGAAAGAGGACCUUGGAACUUGGAAAUCAGCUGAGUUGUAGCUAUUAAGACAGCUGGAGCUUGGGGAGGUAGUUUCUUGUUUGAGGCGGAUCUGGUCUUGCUCCCAGAGGGCAGCAGAGGAGGGAAGCCUUCUUCGAAAUGUUUUCAGGGCUCUCUGUUUGACUGGCUUGGUGACAAAGAGGUACCAUGAUGCAUUGUAAUGAUAUUUAAAUUGAUUCUAAAAAGAAAAAGAAGUCCAAGAGUAGGAAAGCCAAGCAUGGAUACCAUAGCAUUUACUGCUUUUCAUCAGUCUGGGCUGUUGGGCUCCAAUUAAACCAAAGUUCUGUAGCCGUGAGAAGAUGUAUUGUACUUCAGCAGUGUGGGUAGCGGAGAGUAAACACAGUCACAUGCUCUCAUGGACACCUCCGUUCUGAGCAUCACUGCCACCGAAACUGCAGAAU